AUGGCAUUACAAAGAAACGCAAAAAGCUUUGGCCGUCGCGGGGCUAUGCGCUUCCCACAUGGAUGCCGAGGGGGCGCCGCCUUCGUCUUGCCUUUGGCUACUAUGCGAAGCCCCAAUGCCCCGCGCAGUGCCUGCGAUAUUCAAAUGGGCAUGGGCGCACUCUGGUCCAGUAGAUAUUUACACGCGACCACCCCUGGUCGGCAUUGCCGGAAAACCGAAGCCAAAACGAGGCCAAAACGAAGCCAAAGGGCAAAAAAACCGAGGCCAAAACGAAGCCAAAACGAGGCCAAAACGAAGCCAAAGGGCAAAAAAGCCGAGGCCGAAACGAAGCCAAAACGAGGCCAAAACGAAGCCAAAACGAGGCCAAAACGAAGCCAAAACGAGGCCAGGCAAGUGCGUUUCGCGUCUGGAAGGGGAACGCGGAAAAUUCGGCACUUUGGUCGCCGCCCGGCUCGCUUUGCCGUGCCCUCGUGGAAGCGACGCCAAAACGAGGCCCAAACGAGGCCAAAACGAGGCCCCGCGGUCUGAUUCUGGGCCUUUGCUUUCUGGCAAAAAGUUGAAAGGGUUGGCCGUCUUUUUUUUGGAUGGCUUUGGCUUCGUUUUGGCUUCGUUUUGGCCCCGUCCCGGCUUCGUUUUGGCCUGCGCGUUUUCUGAUCGUUCUGCCUGGUCCUCUGUCUGCAACAGAGGCACGGGGCCAAUUUGCGCCAGCAGGCACGAGGCCUCAUGUUGGACAGACAGCGGCGCCUCCCUGGCGGGCAUCCGGUAGACGGGCUCUGGCGUGGCCAUUGACUAGGGUAGGCGAGUCUGUCUGGUCGCAGUCCGAUGCGGCUCAAAACUUGAGCCAUGUGGCGCGCUGCCUGCGAAUCUAUACGCCCGCGGCCCAUGCCCCAAUAUGGGGAAAAUUAAAUGGGGCGCGCUAGUGUUUCGGAGGCAGCUGCAGAGACCACGCGCCGGCAGCAUGAAGUAGAGCUACCCCCAGGCGUGGCUGGGUUUUUCAAGUCCUGGCUUCUGGAUAGAUACAUGGCGGCAGCGGGGAAAAGCUAUCGGGACUACUUG